CGACCGCUAUAUUUAUUUAUAUCCCACAGAAGACCUUUAGAGGAUCUUUCAUUUUAUUUCUUUUAGGCUCUUUCAUUUCCACUACUAUUUUCUUUUGUAACACUUUUUCCACUACUAUAUAUACACAAAGUUAAAUGGCAAUGAAAUGCAUCGCAACUUUCCCUCAAAGGUUCAAUGAUAACAAAACCAAAGAGGAUCCUUCAAUCUUCGAUGCAAAUCUCCUGAAUCAGCUAUCAAACCACCACUACAAGAAAAUGCACAUACCUCAAGAGUUCGUAUGGCCCGACCACGAGAAACCUUCCACGGAUGUUCAACCUCUCCAAGCCCCUCUCAUAGACCUCGCCGGUUUCCUCUCGGGCGACUCGUUCUUGGUCUCGGAAGCUACUAGACUCGUCUCUGAGGCUUCGAAGAAACAUGGCUUCUUCCUAGUUACUAACCACGGUGUUGAUGAAACGCUCUUGUCUCGUGCCUAUCUAUUUAUGGACUCUUUCUUUAAGGCUCCGGCUUGUGAGAAACAAAAGGCUCAGAGGACUUGGGGCGAGUCCUCCGGUUACGCUAGUAGCUUCGUCGGGAGAUUCUCCUCUAAGCUCCCCUGGAAGGAAACGCUGUCGUUUAAGUUCUCUCCCCAGGAGAAGUGCCAAUCCCAAACCGUCAAAGACUUUGUUUCUAAUAAAAUGGGAGUUGAAUACCAAAAUUUCGGGAAAGUCUAUCAAGAAUACGCUGAGGCCAUGAAUAUUCUCUCAUUAAAAAUCAUGGAGCUUCUUGGAAAGAGUCUUGGAAUCGAGAGGAGACAUUUUAGAGAAUUUUUCGAAGACAACGAGUCCAUACUACGGUUGAAUUAUUACCCACAGUGCAACCAACCGGAGCUUACAUUAGGGACAGGACCUCACUGCGACCCAACGUCUCUAACCAUACUUCAUCAACACCAAGUCGCUGGUCUUCAAGUGUUCGUGGACAACAAAUGGCAAUCCAUUCCUCCUAACCCUCAAGCAUUUGUGGUGAAUAUAGGCGACACUUUCAUGGCUCUAACGAAUGGAAUAUACCAGAGUUGUUUGCAUCGGGCGGUGGUGAACAGGGAGAGAGAAAGGAAGACAUUCGCAUUCUUCCUAUGUCCGAAAGGAGACAAAAUUGUGAAGCCACCAAAAGAACUAGUAGGAGUGAUGUCUGGUGAAAGAGAAUAUCCUGAUUUUACGUGGUCUAUGUUUCUUGAGUUCACACAGAAGCAUUAUAGAUCAGACAUGAACACUCUUGAAGAGUUCUCAAAUUGGCUUAAGAACAGAAAAAGUUUCUAAAAUGAGAAGACAAUGAUGUGGCCCAGAAGUGGACUUGUAGUUAUGUAGAGAGCUUUCACAAGGGUUAAGAGAUAAGAUGUUCAAGACAAGUUAAUGAACCUUUUUUUUUGUUUUCUUUUGUUUUUGAUAGUCGUCUUGCUUUAUGUUGUCAAGUGUACGAUAAAAUUAGCAAAUAAAAAACUCUAUGCAAAUGUACAAUAUAAACCGUUGGACCGAAUUAUGAUUUUUGAUUCGUUUAGACAUUCAUUAGUUGUAGUUUUAUUUUAUAUUAAGUUUUUAACAUUGAAUUUAAAAAUAAUUAGCAGUAAAUGGUUUA